AGCGUACAAGGAAGUACUCAACAUUUCUAGGAUGGUAUGUGACUUGUGUUCCAGACUGUCAGUAUAAAAGAGCGAGUGCGGAGGGUCAUAUCACACACCAUCAGACAACAUGAAGGUCCUGCUUCUCACACUGCUGCUCCUGCUGUGUAGCACUCAAGUGCUCAGCAUCAGAUGUUUUACUUGUAACAGCGCUGAUGACCACUGUACUGUGCAAACAGACUGCCCAAAUGACCACUACUGCAUGGUUCGAGAACAUUCUGGAAGUGUUUCUCGUACCUGUGCUGAAAUAUGCACUGAAAACAACCACACCUCCUGCUGCGAAGAGGACUUAUGCAAUGCCCCCUAGGCAUCAACCAGCUUUCUAAAUCUUUGAUAGAAUAGACAAGAAAAUGCAUUUCUUAAAUCAAAAUGUUAUUGAUGAUGACUUGCUUAUUUGAAAGAUUUUAAUCCUGUCAUAAAUCUUUGUCAUUUAGAGUUUUCCAGAUGUACAAAUGUUGAAUUGUUUUUCCUUAUUUGUCAACAUCUGCUCACUUCUAGUGGUCACAGCUAUGAAUUUUUGUAAUGAACUAGUGCUGGAAGUGGGGCAACCACACGCAUGCACACAAACACACGCUUAAUCCACUGCUGAUGUCACUUAGUGGGUCACUGCAACAGCCGCUGCUAUGUGGGUCGCUCUCUGUCUCUGCUGCAAUGUAAAGUUUGACUACCUAUCAAAAUCAAAAAAUGAAUAAAUAUCUUUAAUGUUCACAUCAAA